AUGAUUCGCAUUGCCGGCCUACAGGCGCGUGUCGCCGUCCUUGCCCUUGUUGUGUUCGCCAUCUGCGCAUUCGUGCUCGUAGGACCAUACAAAGUGACGCCAGGACAUAUAUCACACAGGGCGACCGGGCAAAGCGUGGGCCACCCUAGCCAAGCUCUUCUCAAGGGACAUGCGAUUGCGCCAAAGCUGGCAAACGCGACGGCCAAGGCAGAACUCGGUCGCGCAGCAUGGAAAGUGCUCCACACAACGUUCGCUCGCUUCCCCGAGAAGCCUACCGAAGACGAGCAAGAAGCACUCCGGUCAUAUGUACACUUGUUUCAACGCCUGUACCCUUGCGGAGAGUGCGCAGAGCACUUUGGACAAGUACUCGCAAAGUAUCCUCCUCAAGUCUCAUCACGGACAGCGGCAGCAAUGUGGGGUUGCUUUGUACAUAACGUCGUCAACAAACGGCUGAAGAAGCCAGAAUUCAACUGCGAAGGUCUCGGUGACGUUUAUGACUGUGGCUGUGGCGAUGAGGAGAGUACAAAGUCGAGCAAAGACAAAGAUACAUGAGCGAGGGUUAAGGCCACGAGGCACCAAAGAACAGAUCAUCAGGCAAAGCUAUUAGGCCCGGGUGAGACCUAGGUCGUAGUCCAUUUGAUAAGUGUCCUUGUGUUCCUUUGUCGUCAAGUUCCAAGUUCUUUACCAACAGCGGGGCCCCCAUUUCGAAACGCUUUCAAUGCGACCCGCAUGCGGCCCGGCGCUGGGCGGCACAGGAUACUGCUUCAGCACCUGCGUAAGAUCUGAGACUGCUCGAAUGCUGGGCAAAGGAUUUCUCGUAUUCGCAAGACAAUACAUGCCUUGUGGAUGCUCACUGCGCGGCAGGUUGCACCUGAUGGAGGAAUUAAUCGACAUGACAGUGACAGUCGACGGUGCAGCUCCGGCAUGUGGCGGAAGAUGGGAUAGGCUCGUCGGCCGGAUUUGAAGUGGAACUGUCUUGCUUCGAGGGGAGAUGGUGUGUGUAAACCGGACUCGAGAUUGCCCUAAGCAGACUCUGGCGAAUCGGUGUUCAAAUGAUCAGCCUUCUCAGCCCUGAUGACAGGAGAAGGCCUGUCGUGGGGAAAGCCACGCAAGCAAUACGUGCGCGACAAAGGAUGUUCUUAUCAGCUUGGAGUAUGUAAAGCGUACCACUCUACUUGCAACGACGGUGCCGCGUCUCUGCACAUGUGUCUUCAAUCAAGUCGUCCAAGUGCGUCAUGGUCUGCUUCGCGACGGCUAACGUCUAUUCGGCGGGCCACUGGGCGAC